AUGAGUGUCUUUUUUCUAUCGUUUCUAUCUAUUUCAUUUGUAUCUAUCUCUAUAUUGUUUCUAUUUAUGCUUCAUUUUUAUGCAUCUAUCUCGCUUCUGUCUAUGUAUGCAUCUAUCUUUUUCUAUCUAAGUCUGUUUCGUUUCUAUUUAUAUAAUCUUUUGUUUCUAUCUAUGACUGUUUCGCUUCAAUCUAUGUAUCUAGGAUUCGUUUCUAUCUGUGUAUCUAUCCCUGUCGUUCCUAACUAUAUGUCAGUAUUUCAUUUCUAUCAAUGUUUCGCUUCUAUCAUUCCAUCUAUUUCGUUUCUAUGCCUCCAUUGCGUCUGUUUUGUUUCUAUCUAUGACAGUUUCUAUCUAUCUCUGUAUCUAUCUGUUUCUUUUCAAUUUAUAUCUCUAUUUUUCCUUUCUGUCGCGUUUUUAUCUUUAUUUGUUUCUAUCUAUCUAUCUAUCUAUCUAUCUUUCCUUGUUUUAUUUCUGUCUAUUUAUCCAUCUCUGUUUCUUUCUAAGUCCGUUUUGUUUAUAUUUAUUUAUCUAUUUAUAAAAGUAAGUCUGUUUUAUUUCUAUCUGUUUAUCUGA